CUUGCCCGUUGCCCGUUGGGAGAGCGGUGGAGUUGCCUAUUCAUUGUUGGAUGAGAGAGAAUAUUGGGGGCUUUUACGGGAAAACCCAAUUUAAACGCUUUUCCAGAUCCGACCGUUGCAAUUAUUUGAAAAAAGGAAUGAGAGAGAGGCUCCUUUGAAAAACCUCCAUUCUCCUCCUCACUCAAUCUCUCAACCUCUCCAUCCUUCACUUCUUCUUCUUCUUCUUCUUCUCCUUCUUUCUAUUUUGCAUUUCUUCCUCCCUCACAUCUCUCUUUUGUUGAGUCACCCAUGAACGAUAACAACAACAGAUCCUUAUCAAUCAUGGAAUCAAAACCUUCACACCCUCUUCACCAAAUUGCCAAAACCCCAACCCACAAACUUCUUCUCAAGCAGUGGCUCAAGGAGGAAGAACUAAUCUUCGGCAGAGUCUCUCUCAAGGAAACCCAAAUCGAUUCUGUUCGAAAGGAAAUCACUAUGCUUCACAUUUUCUUCUUCGUCUUCCACUCCACAUCUAUACUCCUCCUCUUCAACGCCUCCACCAAGGACUUCAACGGCGCAGCCUGCAACAGAUCCUGGAUUCCCUCCAUUUGUUCUCUCUUAUUCUCUCUGGGCAUCAUUUGGGCUGUCAGAUACAAGACUGAGCUCGAGGCCCAUUUGGAGAAAUUGUUAGAAAGGGAAAAAGAAGAUAGAAAUUUGCUGUCCAAGUGUGUUGAAGAGUUGAAGCGGAAAGGGGUUGAAUUUGAUUUGUUGAAGGAGGUCGAUGCGCUGCGGAGGGCGAAGAGCUUGCGGGUCGAAAGUAAGGCUGUGAGAAAAUGGUCUUCAAGGGAUUUCAUGACUCUGUUUUUCUUCUCUGUUUCGUGUAUGUUUCUUGGGAUUAUUAGGAUUGUUCUAUGUGACAAGUGAAGGGAUUCAUAGAAAUGGAGCAUUCAUGUGAUGCCAAGGAUUUCGUCGUGGUCCUGACAUUUGGAUCUUGUUUCAGUGCAGAUUACUCUGUUCUGCACUUGUAUUUUGUUGCUUUGGUGGAAUUAUUUGGAACUAGUGUCUAACCAUUUUAAAAAAUGGUUCUUUGUUCUGUUGAUCCUUGCU